GUUUCACGGUGAUUACGCCGCUUCAAUGGCUUUAUCCACGAGCCUGUAACCCGUGACCGUCAUGAGGAUUUUUACAGCCCUUUCCCCCAGUUUUCUUAAAAGGUAAAAGGAAUCUGGGCGGGUGCAACAAGAAAUAAGACGGGGGAGCGCCGAGGUGCCUGACUCUGUAAACCCGGCAAGAAGAGGUCGUCUGCAACUGAAUUAUCUGAUUUGUUUAAUGCGUUGCAACAAAACAGACGAGAUGCCUCGAGGAGACUUCAACAUCUACUUUGCCAGCAGUCGACGUGGAUUUGUCAGAGCUGAGGAGGCAGUGGGUGUUGUGCUGCUGGUAAUCAUCCUUGCCGCGCUUGUUCUGCUGGGCUGCUGGUACUUUAAGAGGAGGGGCGGCUACAAAAAAAUCAGGAACACCAGGUCUGGGUCACCGACUUACACGGCAGGCCAGUACUCUGAGAGACCUUCUGCAGAGAACAAGAUGGCGCUCACCGACUUUAGCAGCCUGCGAUCUGUGAUGCCAAAUGCCCCUCCAGCCUAUGAAAAGCUCUCCUCAGGUCCAUUGCCUCCUCCCUACUCACCUUAAAAACAGGACAAAAGAGGACAGACACCCAGACAAGAAGGAAACCGAAGCACAAGUUCAUCUGAUGCCACCAUCGAUAUAUCUUAGCUGUUAAUGUAUCCAUUAAACAAUUUUGUGUGGCUAAUAUUUACACAAUGUACUAUGUGGUUUCAACCAAUGAUGAAAAACACUACAAUGCGUCUUUGUACAGUGAAGAAACGCAAAAACUAAAUGCUCACAGAUGCAUUGUUUAUUUCCACACUUUGACCUCCAUAUUUGUUCCUCAAACCUAGCAAAGAGUUGCCAAAUCAGUAUGGUAGAAAAUAAAUACAAAGUGACUAAAAAACAUUUUACAUGGGCUCAAACAUGUAGUACAAAUCCAACAAGAGGUAUUUUUACAUUUCCUACAAUGUAAAACGUAGUUUUUCAAACUCUUAUGAACAAACGGACAGAAGUGUUAUCUUCCAUGAAACAUUUAAAGUAGUAGCAUGUUGUACCAAUGAACCUUAUCAAACGGUUGGCUUUUAAAGCACUAAUUACAAUAAAAGAUGAACUCCAUUUAACCUCCAUUCCCCUCAGUUGUCAUUACUGGCCAUGAAGUCCAAAACACAGAUCUUUCAUUAACCUCAGUAGUUAUCAAACGAGAAAAAAACAAGUCUGACCCUACUUUUCUUCAUAGCUGCAGAGCAGAUUUAGUAACAAGUGCAUAAAUAUUUCA